AUGACAACCACACCAAGCUCACGAUUUGGCGAGUUACCAACAUUUGAACUACCUUCUUGUUUACAGUUUCUGAAAUUAAAAAACUUUCCACUUAAAGUAUAUCCUGCUGUCAAUGAACCCGAAUUACUAAAGAAAGACACCUUGUUUGUUUAUGGCCCUGGUAAAUCUACAUGGUUUGACGUAGAUUGCUUACAGAUUCAAAUGUAUUUGAAUUUUUGUGGUAUUGAUUAUGAUACAUACAGCAUCAAUCAACCAGAAGCCUCGCCUUCAGGAGAACUACCAUUUUUGCAAACCGUUGUAGGCAAAGUUUUUGAUGCACAAGAAACUAUCCAUUGGGUGACAGAGACUAGAAAUAUCCAAAGAGAAUUAAGCAACGAACUUGAUAAGCAGCAAGCAAAAGCAUUUGUGACACUUGUAGAACAAAAAUUAAAGCCGGCUUUACUUUUUUCAAUGUGGCUUGAAUCACCCAAUGCCAACGAGAUUACGUUCAAAUCAUAUUAUGGACAUCUUCCUCAGCCUAUAAAUCAAAUCGUAUUUUACAAGAAACAAAAUCAAGUGACAAAGUCAUUGCUGGCAGAUAGAGAUAUUUUAGUGAGAGAAGAGAUUUAUCAAGAAGCAAUGAAGGCAUUGGAGGCACUAUCUGUGAAAUUAGGUGACAACACAUACUUUUUCAAUUCGAGGUAA